AUGCCAUCUCUUCAAACAUCACGCAUUCUCCCUAUCUCCUCCACCCUCUCAUGUCCCAACCGCCUCAUCACCCUGCCGUCUUCCCCCUUUCUCCCCCCGCACAGAUCAGCGGCAGCAGCAGCAGGUCCCAAGUUCGCGCCAUACAGUGACGCGGUGCUGGCGGCGCUCAUCCCGCUCGUGUCCCUCACAGCGGAGGCGGACGUGGACGUGCGGUCACGCGCGUACGAGCUGGUGGGCAUCAUUGGGAUCGCCGUGGGGCGGCAAGCGGUGGAGCCCGUGCUGCCCGGCUUCAUGGACGCCGCUCUCAAGGUGGGUGGGGGAGCAGUUGAGGGGCAGUGCUGUGAAUGGCAGGCUUCGCCCUGGACCAGAGGCUUCGCCCUGGACCAGAGUGCGCUGAGGGAGUAUGCCCACUCCUUCUUCAGCGACGUCGCCAAGUUCCUCGAAGCUGACUUCGCCCCCUACCUGCAGCACGUGGUACCGCUCGCCUUUUUCUCCUGCCGCCUCGACGAUGGCAUUGUGUACCUGCAACACGUGGUGCCGCUUGCCUUCUCCUCCUGCCGCCUCGACGAUGGCAUCGUGGUCGGCCCGGCCGCCACCGACGACGAUGCCGCCGACGCCGAGGGCGGCGGGCGGCGGCAGCUAGCGGCAGCACUGGCAGCAGGGGAGAUCUCGUCGGAUUCGGAGGAUGAGGACGAGGGGGCGGCUUUGAGGGGGCUGAGGGGCAUCAGUGUGCGCACGGCCGUGCUGGAUGAGAAGGCGGCUGCUGCUCAGGCCAUCGGCGCGUAUGCUCAGUACACCAAGGCUGCUUUUGGCCCGUACGUACAGGAGGCGGUGGGGGUGCUAAAGGACGGGGCGGACUAUGCACAUGAGGACGUGCGCCUGCAGGCCACGCUCUCCCUGCAACGUCACACCUGCAUCCAGCCAAGCAUGCCCACCAUGCAGCAUGUCACCCACCUUUCGCACUAUCUGUCUCUCUUCUGUCGUCCACCUAAAUCUCUCCGCCCUCACAACAACCCUCACAGCAACGUCUCCCCCGUCUCCCCCCCACCCUCUCCGCCUCCAACAGACCUGGUCACGGCGGCGCUGCACGCCUUCCCAUCCGCCCCAGGCCAGUCCCCUCCAUUGCUCAAUUGCACUCACCCACGUCCCCCCUCCUGUGCAUGCGCGACCAACCCCUCCCCCCGUGUGCUGCAUGACACCCCGUCGCCAUCACAUUACCGUGCAUGCCGCACACUCCCUGUGCACGCGGCGCUGCUCUGCUCUGCUGUGCGGCAACCACGUCACGGCACCUGCUACGUGGCGAUGGAGGUGUGGAUGGGGGCGAUGAGGGAUGACGAGGAGCGCGCAGUGGUGGGGCAGGCCUUCAGCGGCGCCACGGAGACCAUCAAGGCGCUGCUGGCUGCUGACUCCGCCAACCAGCCCGCCAUGGCGCCCUGUGACCACCCCCUGCCCCUGAAUCCCCUCGCCUUCUCUCCACCCUCCUCCUUCCACCCGUCGUCCCCUGACCCCUUUGUCUCAACCCACCCUUCGUCUCAACACCCCCCUCUCUGCCAACACCCCCCUCUCUCCCAACACCCCCCUCUCUCCCAACACCCCCCUCUCUCCCAACACCCCCCUCUCUCCCAACACCCCUGUCAGACGCCGAGCCUCUGGUCUGGUGGCAGCGGUGCGGGCAGCGACGCGGAGCCUCUGGUGGCGGCGGUGCGAGCGGCGCUGAGGGACGAGCUGCCGUGCCAGCGAGCAGCCAGCGAUGCCGAGACGGGCGGCGAGGGGGCAGCGGGGCCGACGGAGGCGGCGGAGGAGGAGGAAGAGGAGGAGGAGCACGACGAGGAGCUCAUGGACGCCGCUGUUGACCUGCUGCCCGCUGUGGCGCGUGCCGUGGGCGCCGCUGCCUUCGCCCCUGUCUUCCACUCCCUGCUGCCCGACAUCCUCGCCUUCACGAAAGCCUCCCGCCCGCCCAACGAUCGCAGCAUGGCGGUGGGGUGCAUUGCUGACGUGGCAGGGGAGCUGGGGGAAGCCAUGGCGCAAUACGUGGAUGUGAGUGCCUGGGGAUGGGGUAUAGAGCUGAGGGGCGGAGACCCCCCCAACCGCCGCAACGCUGCCUUUGCCGUCGGCAAGCUGGCUGAAGUUUCGGGCGCUGCCAUGCACAGGCACUACUCUGAUAUCCUGUUGGGAUUGCACCCGCUCUUCUCAGCGGACGAGGAUGACGACGUGAGGGACAACGCUGCCGGUGCUGUUGCCCGCAUGAUCGCUUCUGGUGGCGCUUCCAUGCCUCUCGACCAGGUGCUGCCAGUGCUGGUGGCGGCGCUGCCUCUCAAGUCAGACCUGGAGGAGGCCAAGCCAGUGUACGGCUGCCUCGUGGCUCUUGUUGCCGCCUCACAUCCCCAGAUCUUGCCAGUGGUGCCGCAGCUGGUGCCUGUAUUCGCAGAGGUGGCGGUUAACGGUAAGAUUGCACCGGAAGUGCGUCUCUCCGUGGGCCAAGCCUGCUCGCAUCUCGCGCAGGCAUUUGCAGAUCAAAUGCAGCCGCUCCUGGCGGCGCUUCCUAGUGAUCGCGCCACUGCUCUUUCCUCAUGCAUGGCUGGCACCUUGCCUCCUGCAUCUGUUUCCGCCCCUCCCGCGGUGCGCCCGUCCGCGGCGGAGUUGGCGCAGACGGUGGUGGAGCUGUCGGCGGAGGGCACGCUCGUCACGCUCGCGCACGGCGGCGCGGGCAGCACGCUCGCGGGCGACGACCAACCACUCCCCGCCACGUGGCCGCUGGCCUGCCACGCGUUCUUCGCGCCCGACCCCGAGGGCCGCCCCAUCGUGCUGCUCGCUGACUCGAGCCGCGCCGCCGCCAACCUCGCUGACGACGCGCAGGCGUGCCUACACGUGCAGAUCGAGCUGCCAGGUCAGCAGAAGCCGCAGGUGUCGCUGCAUGGACGGCUGACCAAGGCACACGACGGCAAGACGCUCGGGAAGCUGGAGGCGGCGUGGAGGCGGCGCUUCCCCGACAGUGAGGAGGAUGCGGGCAGCAGCGACGGCUCUUCGUCCUCUGCUCUCUUCCUGCUGGACGUUGACCGUGUGCUCGUGGCGCCAGACGCCGACCAGGAGGACGAGUGGAUAUCCCCAGAUGUCUACUUCAGUGCCGACGCCGACCCCCUGCGGGAGGCGACAGCGGGCAUAGUGGCUGAUAUCAAUCGAGAGCACUGGCAGGACCUGCGCUUCCCCGCCUUACUCAUGCAAUUCUGCUCUGCCCCCAACCCCCCCAUCCCACAGGAGGGCGAGUGGAUCUCCCCAGAGGCCUAUCUGAACGCGGACGCCGACCCUCUGCGCGAGGUAGCAGCAGGCAUAGUGGCCGACUUCAACCGAGAGCACUGGCAGGACCUGCGCCGCUUCCCCGCCGCCUUCGCCGCGCUGCCAGACCUGCAGGUGGACGACGCGUCGCUCAUCUGGGUGGACCGCCUUGGCUUUGACCUCCGCAUGCUCGCUCGCCCCGCCAUGCCCGGUGCUGCUGCCGCGGCGGAUUUCCCCGCGCGGGUGAUGGAUGUGCGCGUGGCGUUUGCACGGGAGGUGGGGGAGGAGAGAGAGGCACGGUCUGCGCUGACCAUGAUGGCGCAGGUGGCGUGGGAGAGGGAGAGGAGCUUUGGCAGCCCCGCUGCUCCCGCCGCUGCUGCUGCUGAGGCUGCUUCCUCGUAG